UGCUUUCGAGCGAUUGCUUUCAACUUUUCAGUUCGGUUCGUGCAAUGAUCGUAAUCGGAGUGUCCAAUAGACUAACGCGGCAGAAACGGGAUCAAGUUCCAUCGCUGAUCCCGUUUUUGACACUUUGGAUGAUCCUGCUGGUGCUGUUUUGGGCUGGUUCUGUGGACGCAUUUUACAAAUCAUUUGAAGAGCUUAGCGUUCAUACACUUCCUGACUCGGGAUCAUUGGACGAUUGUUCUCUUCGCCUUCAAAAGUUGUCAGAACACACUGUGUCAACUCCGACAGUUGAAUAUCCAACUUUUUCUCGAGAAUUCGCUCAUUUGGUGGCCCUCGGCUGGAAAGCCCCUAGCGGAGACUUCGAAUGGCGCUGUACCGGAACAUUGAUUGCGGAAGAUUUCGUACUGACAGCGGCACAUUGUACUCAAGAUGAAGACAAAGAACCCACCGUAGUACGGGCCGGUGACCUAGAUCUGUACAGCACCAAAGAUGACCGCUUUGCGCAACAGCUGGCCAUCAAGGAAAUCAUCCGUCAUCCGGAGUUUAACUUCAACAGCGCCUACCACGAUCUAGCGUUAAUCAAGCUUGCAAAACCAGUGACCGUGACCGAUUUCGUGGUGCCGGCUUGUUUGUAUACAAACGAUUCGUCCUCCUUCACGACGCUGUACGCUACCGGAUGGGAUUUCUAUACGGACGUGUCACCGCCAAUCUACAACUCCCCGUUGAAUGCCAUCAAUCAGGAUCGGUGCAAGUUUUGGUACCGGGACAACAAGGAAGCGUUCCGGAAAGGCAUCAACCGGAUGCAGAUGUGCGCGGGUGACGAAACGCUAACCCAAUGCCCGGGAGAUACCGGUGGUCCUUUGCAGGUGCGAUUGUUAUCCAGCUCCCGGUAUACGCCGUUCGUGAUUGGCGUUUCCGUGCUGGGAGUUCCUUGCGGCCAGACGACCCCGGGAGCGUACGCCAAAAUAGCUCACUACAUCAACUGGAUCGAGGACGUUACAAAGCGAAGCUUCUAUCCGGCGGACUGCGUCGUGAGACAUAUUUCCAGACGCGAAUCCGAUGAAGCUCUAGUUCCGGUGCCGCUGAAGACGGCUUACGAGCAGCCAUACCUGACAGGAAAGAAAGAAUCGAUUGCCGCCAAUCCGUCCCAGGCACAGCUGCAGAUCUUUAAAGAGUUCAAGUGUGCCAUCGGAAAAGACGGUGAGAACGUUGAUUGGCUUUGCGGAUGCACUAUCGUGGCACAGGAUUUCGCACUGACGUCAGCUCGUUGCGUGAAAAACGUUGACGUAAAUGUAGUCAACUAUAAAAAUGACUGGAAGUACAUCGAGGAAAUAAUUUUCCAUCCGGACUACGAUAAGAAAACUCUCUACAAUGAUUUGGCUCUGGUGAGGUUAAAAACGGACAACAGGAACCGGUACGACUGGAAGUCGGUGUCAUGUGUGGCCGCCGGCAGCGAAGAUCAAAAACACUACCUCACCUUCGGCAUUGGACCGUACAAUUUGAACGAUGACGGCCAGACGGAUAACAACACCGAUGGGACCGAGCGCUAUCUGACGGCCAAUCUCGCGCUGAUGGACAGUGCCAAUUGCAGCCAGUUCUACAACAAGUACGGCAUCCUCAAGGAUGGCAUCAACGAGACGCAGUUCUGUGUCUGGUCCAAGGAUGGGCUCGUUCCGGGAUCGUGCGAGCCCUGGAACGGGAACGAGGUGUUGAAUGAGAUUCGGCCGGCCUCGGACAACAACCCAUUCCCGGAGGAUCUCGUCGGCAUCGGUUCGUAUGGGCCCGACUGUGGCUUCGGGCGGCCACUGGUCGCGACCCGGGCCAUCUCUUUCCGCGAAUGGAUGAAUUCGGUUAUCUACAAAACGAUUAACGUCAACACCGUCCGGCAAGUGCUGAUGGAGAAAGAACUGGCACUGGAUUACAUCUGCGAGGCAUCGGACCGGGAGGCCGGAGUUUGUGUCCACAUCGACCAUUGCAAUCAUCGGGCCCUGGUAGACGAAAUCAAAUUCUGCACCAACGAAACGGCUCCGAUAGUUUGCUGUCCCGUUAAUUCGUUCAUAGCGACGGCACAUUUGCCGCUGCUGACCGAAUGUGAAACCAAUUAUCAGCGCUUCAGGAGGAAGAGCGUCGACUUUGCCUCGCCCGAAGGCCGUCAGCCCGAACUCGAAGAAGGAGAACAUCCGCACUCGGUCAUGAUCGGGUGGAAAGUCAACCGGACCGCCACAAAUUGGCACUGCAUGGGAACGUUAAUUAACAGAAACACGGUCCUCACGACAGCCGGAUGUACCAACAGUGUCAAGAGGCGCAGCCCGGAUGUAAUCAGUAUCGGCGAAACCGACGUGUCCCGGAUCAACGAGGGCCUAGCGCAACUGAUUCGAGUCAAGGAAACCAUCCGGUAUCCGAGCUACAAUCCCAAAACCCACGACUAUGACAUCGCGGUGCUGAAGCUGGAAUCGGAGGUGUCCAUCAGUUCGAACGCCAUCCCGGCCUGUUUGUGGCGUGAUUUAAAUCGAACCCCGUACUACGCCCAACAGGUCCAGUUCGACAAGCGAUCGCUAACGGUGCGGGACAAGAACCUGGUGCAGAGUCGGGAUUGCAAACAGUUCACCUCCCACGCCGACCUCAACAAUGACCAGAUGUGCUGGCAGGAGUUCAAGCUGGCUCCGAAUGGGUCGGAGGUGGAAAAUUGCGCCCACAAGGGCGAUCCGUUCAUCACGCUCCAGCGGAUCAACAACAUCUACGUCCCCUAUCUGGUAGGAUUGUACAGCUUCGGGGACAAGGACCGAUGCGCUUCCGGGGAACCAGUCGUCGCCACCCGGAUCACUUCCUACAUCAACUGGAUCAGUUUGUAUAUGUGAUGGAAGUUAUAUGGGGGCGUGUCGAAGAGAUUAUUUUCUUAUUUUAACUAGACUUAGGAAACUUUUAGCUUGAGUCAAUGUACAGUUUCAAU